AUGUCGAAAAACCUUCCAAUAUACGAUUCAGAUUACUGGCGAGCAUAUGAAGUCCCGGGCUUACAAAGUGAAUGGGAUAUUCAUGUCGAGUCUAACCCUCGUCGGGUCCUCGACGCUCUUCACAUCAUGUCCCCCAGAGAACCGCCAAACAAAUGGGGAGAUGACUUCACGGUGAGGCAACCUCCAGCCGCACCAAGAUCUUUCAAUCUAUCUGACCCACGAAAUUCACAGAGCGUGUUUCCUGCAGAGAUCGCCAUUGCGCGUCUGUCCUUGCAAGAUUAUCCUGGUCCUGCUUGGCAGCAUCUUGUGUCGGGUGGCGUCGUCGAGUUGCUAGUUCUCCAGGCGCUUAACGCGCCAUCGUGGGAAUCGCCCGCUUCCGUGCCGUUCCUUUCGACAAGUCGAGGACAGAAAGUCCACCUGUUUCGAGCCGUGAGUUCAAUCCACACCGCCUCUACGUACAUCACAUGGGCUAUAUCGUUCUCAAUCACUCUCACAAACCCCCUCUCGGAGAACGACCGUCUCGUUAUCGAUACAGUGCGAAAGUACUGGUUUUGGACCGACUUCAAUGACGACUCGUUCCUAUCGAAGGCCUGGGGCCGAACCGAGCGAAUUCUGUUUGCUUCUUUGAUAAUUACUGUACUAUACUACGACCCAUCAACAUUCAAGAUCCUCGACGACGCUGCUGACCUUACACUCCCGUUGCUUGUCCGAGCUACUCUUUCAGGCAGCGACAGGUACAAACCUUACGCUAAUACCGAAUUCAAGAUAGUCUCUGCCUCCGUCCUUCGCCAGUUCAUCGCUCCUUUUAACAAAAAUGCUAAAGAAUACCGCAAGACCUAUCCAAUCCCGGACUCUACUCUUGACCGCAUCGUUAAAGGCACCAACGGCUCUCUCAUCCGACUCUUCGACAAAUUGGCUUGGUAUCUCACAUGGCUCGACUCCGAUCAAACGGGAGCGUGCCUUUCUCUCAUCGAAGCGCUCUGCUAUCUUGCUAGACCUGUGCCACACCACUUUCAUGCUUUCUUGCGCUCUGAGGCGCUCUGGCGCAGUCUCUUCGCGCUCUUGCGGCGUACGGUCAUAGACAAUGAGUUUAGCGGGUUCGAGGGCAAGAAGCCCGUGAGGGAUCUCAUGGGAGAUCGGAUCUUAGAGCUGAUACUGGUUGGGCUUCGCUACGGAGAAGUACUUUCUUGGAACGAUUAUGCGAGCUUCGCAGCACUUCUUGCACAACAGGGUCUGUUUCAACUGCUGGAGGAUAUGCUAUGUUCUACCGAGAGUUGGACAGAACUGACUAAUCCUCUCAACAUUUUCGUUAAGCCGCUCAGUGAGCUUUAUUCCAAAUUCGAGAUCGCCGUAAGAUGUGCGCCCUCGUUGGCAGCGACACUUCGACCUCAUCUUCCUCGACCUCGUAUCAUGCGUGCACUUCUCGACGCCGCUUUUCCCGCCCCUUCACCCAAAGACGUUUUCGUCAGGAUAGGUGCUUUUCAGACGACCCAACACGAUAGCUAUGAUACAUUCUCGACGUUGCAGAGACUUGUACAGCUCCAAGGCGAAUGCGGGAGAAGAGGCUGUGCGGAGCCGGUGAAGGCGAGAUGUUCGAAGUGUCAGAUUUAUUAUUACUGUGGAGCUGAAUGUCAGAGAAGCGACUGGGACGAACAUAAGCUGGUGUGUGGGUAUAGCGUGGUGCAUGUGCAGAGAGAAAACGGGAUGUGGAUGCGGGAGACGACAUUGCCAAGGAGUCUUGCGAAGAAAGUGGAGACUAAGACGGCCUGCAGACCGUGCGAUGGCCCGCUAGAUUGA